UUCAAAAAACCUGUCAUGAUCACUACUACAACUCAUAAACCUGAUCUAAUCUAGAUCUCAGCUUAAUAAGCUCAGAGUGAAUUUCACCUGAUAUGGGUAUUAUAGGUAUGGGUAUGGCAGAUGAUGUAGUUGAUCUCAAGAACACCCCAUCAUUAUUCGACAACGACGAUGAAGAUCUCCUAAGGGAUCUUUGCAAGAAUGGCUUAGCUUGCCAAGUCUUGAAUCUGACAUCAUCGAAAGUAUUUCAAAAGCUAAAUAUGGUUGGAAGUUUCCAGAAACUUCACACACUUAACCUGGAUUUCUGCACCUCACUCACUAUCCUUGAGAAAGACUGUUUUGCUUGUAUGCCUAAUCUAUCACGCCUUUCCAUGUGCGAAACGAGAGUUUCCAAUAUAUGGACUACUAGCGCUGCCCUAUACAAGCUUCAUUCUCUUGUAGAGCUUCGGUUUCAGAAUUGUUUGUGUUGCAAGGGAACAGCCCCUUGCCCUGUUUCUUCAUCGGGUAAUUCUGCCACCCGAACGAUAACAAACAAGUAUCAUCCUUCGCCAAUCUGUUUCGAGAAAAACUACAGGAAUUACAUGAUAACUGUACUUCCUGGAUUGAUUGUAUUAGAUAACAUUCUGAUCGGAGAUUUGGAAAAGAAGACGGCAAAGAAGAUUUAUUUGGAAUACUACGAGAGCUCGCCAUAUAAUAGACGGCAGAGAGAGCGAAUUAUCGAUGUUUUGGGUGGUCGCCAGAUUGGGAGGAAAAGUCAGUGUUAUUACUCCAGGUCUCUUUCUGCUGCCAAACUUGGAUCUUCAGCAUGGCCUGUUUUAUGUCCUUUGUUGUCUAAUAGCCUUUGCAAUACAACAAAGGGACAAGAAGAAAAUAAGGGCCUAAGGCCGAGACAAUUCGAGUAUCAUCCAUCGAAUUGCUCCCUCAUGGCUCUUGGGACAUUAGAUGGAGAACUGUUUGUCAUUAAUCAUGAGAAUGGGCGUACUCUGGGUCAGGUCCAGACGAAUAUUGGAUCAGAAAGCAGUAUCCUAGGCUUAUGUUGGCUUAAAAAUCAUCCCUCCAAGCUACUUUCUGGUUCUGACAACGGUUCCUUGAGAUUAUAUGACAUACAAAACAUGCUGACAAACGAUAGCACUGUCGAUUUCAACAAGUACGAUAAGUUUGAGCAGUUGACAUCUGUUCACGCCAAUUCCACCGACAAUCGAUUUGUCGCAAGUGGUUACUCCAGACACGUGGCGCUUUACGAUGUCGAGAGCGAGAAACGGUUGCAGUUACUGGCUGACGUGCACAAUGGACCUAUCAAUGUGGCCAAGUUUGCAAACCAUUCGCCUUCCUUGUUCGUCACGUCGUCAUUUGAUGGCGACGUGAAAAUGUGGGACCUACGACAAGAGCCGACUAGGUCGUGCUAUGUAGCAUCGAGCUCGAGGGGGAAUGUUAUGGUUUGUUUCUCACCUGAUGAUCUAUAUCUGCUGGUUUCAUCAGUGGACAAUGAGGUUAAACAGCUUCUAGCAGUUGAUGGGAGGGUGCAUAUGAAAAUCGAGAUAGAUUCAACAGGAAGUUGUCAUAAUUAUACAAGAUCUUAUUACAUGAAUGGAAGAGACUAUGUAAUAAGCGGGAGUAGCGAGGAAUCUGCAGUUCGUGUGUGUUGUGGUCGAACUGGAAGAAGACUAAGAGAUAUUCAUUUAGAGGGGUCAAGGUUUGUGCAAUCUUUAAGAGGUGAUCCUUUCAGAGACUUUCAUAUGGCUAUUUUAGCAUCCUAUAAACAUCCAAGAACAGAGCUGGAGAUCAUGAAGGUCAAUAUGCUUGCAUCUAAUCAAUGUGGACAUGAACUUCUUCCUCAAGCUCAUCAUCACUCCUUCUACCCUUGCUCAUGUUUGGGAGCUUAGUUUUGAUGUAGAGAAUGUACAUAUAAUUAUGUUGUAUCUAAAAUUGAAGAAGUUAUAAUCAUCUUGUUGUUAUGCUUUUGUAUAUAUAAGCUAUAGUUUCGUCUAAUUUGUCAAUCAUAGUAAUAAUUUUCUUGAGA